AUGGGGAACCAGUGCUGCAGCUGCGGGUUCUGGUCCAAGGACCCCGACCCCGAGUAUGACCCACUGGAAGGCCCCCCUGCUGCCGGUGAGCUUUGCAAUGCUUGUGAGGGGCCGUAUGGAAGCGCAGCGUCUUCGCGCUCUGCAGAGGCCGUGGUUUCGCAGCUCCAGAGCAGCACGUCCGUCGGUUCGAAACACCUCAGUUUUUGCCCAGUAAGCUGCUCUGUCGUGGACCAGACGGACCAGAACAACGCUUUUUCUGGCGCGCAGGCAUGAUAAGUCAAGCUCCUGUUUGCAAUGCUUCCAUUGACGCCAACUUCGCCAAGACGCACUACGGUCAGCAAGGACAUUGAGAGUUGACGGUUGAGCAGGCAGUGUUUGCGCUUCUCGCAGGCCAUUCAUCAGUAUCCUAUCGUAUCGACGCCGGCGGUGAGGCACAGUCGCUUCGAAGCGCCAGGAGACUCAGCACGUCUCUGCAGUUGUGUGUCUUGGCUACAGGAAUGAUUGCUACGGCUACUCACGAAAGAUGCAUGAAAGUGGUCCCACACUCGCAGCAGCUGCCAGGUAGGAUCUCGAAGGCAGGCAGGCAUCGCUCAUCCGUGCUUGCUGCGGGUGUUUCUGUCUUUCAGGCUUCACAUCGGACAAGAACACCAAACCGCAUGGAACAGCAGAUACUGUGCCGUCCUCCGGUACACGCGCACACUCACUCACUCACACGGCAACAAAUGGUCUCGUUUGGUGUGUAGGUGGGCCAGAUGCUGAGGGCUAUCGACUCACGGACAUGAAGAGAGACUGCGGUGGGCGGGGAUUUCUAGAGAGAUGUCACAUCGGCUGGCUGUCUCUCUACCUUUUGCAGGAGACCCCCAAUUGCCUCGCUCGCCUAAGAGCGCCAUGAAUCCUAUGGCUGGUAUGCGCCUCAGUGACGCCCUCUUUCGUGUCCCUAUGUGUCUGUCUUUAAAUGGAUCGGAUAAGGAUACCCCGUGGCAGCUUCGGCUGACACUCAGUCGAAGGAAUUUGCCAAAGGUACGAAACGAUGAUCAGAGAGAGACGUGAGCAUGGGUGUGCAUCGCGUGUCUGUCUGGAUGGACACCAGAGAACGGAGGCCGGGGGACUCAGGGUAUGACGAAGGCCUCAUGGCGAUGGACGUAGACAGACCCCAAGCGACGCUGUCUCCUCCCUGUCUGUCUCAGAGAAUUCGGUUGUCGACACACCACAUGUGCGACACGGAGGUAUUCUCGCUGACUGAUAGGACUGCGAGACUUUGGGUUCUCUACCCUUUGCGCUGCACUCUCUUUCAUUCAGUUGAUCUCCGUCCACGAGUGCGUGUUGUCGGCGUCAAUGGAGUGUCAGAGGCGCUGAGGAACAGCCUCAUGCUGCAGGCGCUCACCCAGGAGGGCGGUGAGCCAGCCACUGAGCGCAUGGCUGCCUGCGUGGCCGCAUACAUGUGUGUGUGUGUCUCAUAUGUGUCUGUCUCAGAUCUUGAGGCCCUGAUCCCGCAGGUUGAGCACAAGAUGAGAAACAUGCCGCUGCCCGCAUGCCUGGAUGGCUACGUGCGAGAAGACCAGGAGCCACACGGUGAGAGCCAGGGAGGGAGGGAGGGAGGCACGAUGCGGAACACAGACGCCCAUCUGACUUUUGUCAUGAAUGUCUGCAGAUUCAGGACGGUCAGUGGAAUGGAACGACAACGCCGGCCGCCAAUUGCAGGUGGGCAGAAAUCGUUGAAAGGAUUCCUCAGCUCAUACAAAUUGGUGUCUUUGCGUCGGUCUUGGCAGAUUGUGAUUAGGUCCUAA